AUGAAGCCAGAGGCUCUCUGCUGGCUCAUGGGCCUUCUGGUGCUGGCGGAAGGAGAGGCCUCAGACUACGGGGAGGAGGAGAGGAUAGGGAAAGCCGGCUAUUGCCCGUCAUUCCCCGCUGGCCUGUUCCAGCCACCGUGCACUGUGGAGUGUGAAGCGGACAGCGAGUGCGUGGGGGCCUUGAAGUGCUGCGAAUUUGCCUGCCAGUACAACUGCACACCGCCCAGCAGAGAGAAGCCUGGGCUCUGCCCCUCCCCACUGAUGAAGAAGCUGUAUGUGCCUGAUCCAUGUGCGACCACCUGUGCGGCAGAUGAGGAUUGCGCGGGGGCCCAGAAGUGCUGCGAGACCUCCUGUGGACGCACCUGCAGGCUUCCCCUUCCAGAGAAGCCCGGGAAAUGCCCCAAGAAGCGGCCGAGCACCACGCCCUCCUUUGCGCCCAGCUGCCUGCAGGACCAGGAGUGCCCAGGCACCCAGAAGUGCUGCUUCAGCGGCUCGGCCAUGCAUUGCCUUCAGGUGCGGCUGCCAAGGCCAGGAGGCCGGGGCUGGGCUUGGACGGGCCGAGGCGGGGCUCAGUAG